AUGCCGCAGCGUUCGCCUUUUGCCAUUCAAGAGCUGCUGGGCUUGGCGGUGGCAGCGGCCACAGAAACGCCGACCGAUUUGUCGACAACAACGACAGCUGUUGCCGGUGCAACAUUGGCAAAAGAGCGCCAAACGCCGACACCGCCAAAGACAACAAAUGCCAUAAUGGCAGCAGGAACUCUAGCAACAACAGUAGCAACAGCAACAGCAACAGCAACACCCAGCACAUCAGCAACAUCGUACGGCAGUGGGGCGGCAGCAACAGCAACAGCAACUAAUGCGACUGAGGGCAAUUUAACAGCCGCUUUGGAGCCACAGCAGCAGCAGCACCACCAGCAGCACCACCCACUACGGGAGCACCACCAAAUGACCAUGGCGGCUGCCUCGCGAAUGGCCUACUUCAAUGCCCAUGCGGCGGUGGCCGCGGCCUUUAUGCCCCACCAACUGGCCGCGGCGGUGCAGCACCAUCACCAGCAUCAGCACCACCCGCACCACCAUCCGCACCACCCACACGGGGCAGCUGGGGGGCCGCCUCCGCCGCCGAUGCAGCACCACCACCCGCACCAUCCUCACCACCCACUGCUGCAUGCGCAGGGAUUUCCGCAGUUGAAAAGCUUUGCCGCAGGAGCCGGAACUUGUUUGCCCGGCUCGCUGGCGCCCAAGGACUUUGGCAUGGAUGGGCUGAAUGGUUUUGGAGUGGGUCCCAAUGGCAAAAAGAAGAAAAAGAAGCGACGGCACAGCCGCACCAUAUUCACCAGUUACCAACUGGAGAAACUGGAGGAGGCCUUCAAGGAAGCCCAUUAUCCCGACGUGUAUGCCCGGGAGAUGCUGUCCCUGAAGACGGAGCUGCCCGAGGAUCGCAUACAGGUCUGGUUCCAGAAUCGUCGGGCCAAGUGGCGCAAGACGGAGAAGGUCUGGGGCGGCAGUACGAUAAUGGCGGAGUACGGACUCUACGGGGCCAUGGUGCGGCACUCGCUGCCCCUUCCGGACACGAUCCUCAAGUCGGCCAAGGACAACGACGCGGUGGCUCCCUGGCUACUAGGUAUGGAGCAGAAAUGCAUGCACCGCAAAUCGAUCGAGGCGCAGUCGGCGCUCAAGGACGACUCGGGGGUGAGUGACCACGAGGACUCGGCGGGAUCGAAGUCCGCCCACUCGGAGGACCUCUCCCGCUCCCGGUCCCGCGCCCUCAGCUCCUCCACCGAGUCCCUGAACGUGGUGAGUCCGGCGCCCAGCAGCUGCACCACCUCCGCCUCCACGGCACCGCCCACCUCGACGAGUGGCUACGCGGGGGCGGCCUCCUCGGCGGCGACCACGCCCACCGGGGCCACCACCAACAGCUCCGGCAGUCCCCACAUCGAGCUGAGUUCCCCCUCGCCGCAGCAACUGCAACUGCAGCAGCAGCAGCAGCAACAGGUGCCGCUCUACAUGGGCGGUGGGGUUGGGGGGAGUGGCAGUGCCGCGCCCAGCUACCAUCCGCUCCUGGACGCCGCCAACGCCGCUGGCGCAGGAGCGGCCGCCUCCAGCAAGGACUUCCACUUGAUCAUGAACACCGCCGUGGCAGCGGCAGCAGCAGCUGCCCAGCAGCAACACCAGCAACAGCAGCAACAGCAGCAACAGCAACACCAGCAGCAGCAGCAACAGCAACAUCAGCAGCAGCAACAUUCUCAGGCGACGGCGGCAACAACUGGGUUGCACGCCCACCACUUGGCAGCCGCCCUCAUGGAACACGAUCCCGAUGCCUUUAGGAACAACUCCAUCGCCUGUUUGAGGGCAAAGGCGCAGGAGCACCAGGCCCGGCUGUUGAAUAACGGAGGACUUUUCCUGCAGGUGCGCAGGUUUGCCCAAGGCCAGAUGCAAAUCCAGGACCCAAGUGAUAUGCUCAAGCUCAACGAGGAACACAACAACAACUCCCCGCAAUCCAUUUCCAUAUCCCCCUCCCAUCUGAAUCCCCAAUCGAAUGUCAAAAUGGAGUUGACGGCCAACGGAGGAUCGAUGAAAAACUGUGGUGAGAUCUAAAGGAAGCCCCAAAAACUCAUCAUUUUUAAACGCCAAGUGCUACGAACCCAAAAAACAC